UAUGCAAAAGCGCAGAGAGUUAAGGGCAAUACAGUAAAAUUGUAAAGAAGCUUGAGGUCAAUCUCAACCUGGCCGCGCUAUAAAUAGUGCCCCACUCCUAUGGGUUUCGCAUUCUGUGGCGAGGCUUUUAUCUAUUGCUUAUUUUGUCUAAGAAAACCCUAGAGAGUAGGUGUAGCGGCCGCGAUUGGACAAGAAAACCUAAGGGACUCUUGUUUUGAAGAGAAGAUUCUAAAACAGUUUUUGCAUAAAACCCUAACGGUUACUUCAAGAAGUACAGUCACAGUCGGACCAAUGUCACGGUGCUUUCCUUACCCGCCUCCGAGGUUCUUGAGGAUCGGAGAGCGGUGUGAGUCCGUGAGCGAAUCAAUUAAGCUCCAGAGGGACAAGGGGAAGGCCAUAUCAGAACAUGAUAAAAAGAAAAGGAAGGAGAAGAAAGGGAGGAAAAAGAACAGGAAAGAGGAGAAGGGAGCCUGUUAUGGUGAGGUUACAUAUAAGCAACUGGAUAAAAGACUGCCUCCAAAGGGAAAAGAGGAGGAAGGUGAAAGGAGUGAUUUGACAGAAGAGCAUGACCAGCCUGUGUGUUCUCAGAACCUUACUUCAUCAGACAGCACUCGGAGCAGCAACAAGAGAAAAAGAGAUAAUUCUGCAUAUAAUGGCACCAAAAGUAGGAAUUUGGUACUACGAAUUCAGCUACCCAUGCAAAAACAGAGGGAUCCUUAUGCAUCUGCCAUUGGAGAGCAGUUGUGUUCUACUUCUGGGAGGUCAGACACUCUUUUGCAGCAGAAGGAAGAUACCCAAAUACCUGGUAAAGAACAGUAUAGUGGCAUCAGCUCGGAGACGAGCACAGAUUUGAAAGGGCAAGAGAACUCUGCUGGCCACUGUGUGAAAACAACUUCUGGGAUGUUGUCACACGGUACGAAGGAGGUGCAGACGGUGGAAUCACUAUUCAAGUUCAUUGAGGAUUGGGUUCCCCCAGGACUUGAGUUUGAGCAAACCAAUUUUGACAAUGAAGAAUGGCUUUUUGAGACAACAAGGCAAGAAACUAAUCCAUCCAAAAGAAUCAAAUUUCACCUAGAUGAACCAUUCAUUGAAAGCUCUACCCUCUGGCCAAGUGCUUGCUACUUGCCCGAAGCUGGUGUCUAUGCGUUACCCUAUGCAGUUCCAUUUUAAUUUUUAAUGUCAACUGCUUUGCAGUCUCUAGAAAUUUUGCCGAAUGGUUGUUUAUGGUGGUAAAGGUUUUUUUUUUUUUUUUCCUUGUUUUUGGGUGCGCCUGAUAGAAUUUGUUAUCAGAAAGAUCAUUUCAUUGAUGAGCAGAAGGAUACAGAGCAUCAGCAGCUAACAGGGAGGAUAACUGGGUUGGUUGGAGGGUGGAAUAGCAGGAUGGGUUUGGUAUUGGUAGUCUAGGGAUGAGAAAUGCGAAUCACGUACAUAAAAAAGAUGUAAAAGCUAAUUGUUUUUUUUUUUUUAAAUAUUAAUUGUUUCUUUAUUUUCA